UGGUGAAGGCUGCUAGGUUUCAUCUCUCUGUGUUGUAACCAAAACAAUUUCAAUACAAAAAUAGCAAGAUGAUCGACUUGAGCUUCCUUACGGAUGAGGAGCAGGAGGCGAUCCUCAAGGUGCUUCAGCGGGAUUCAGACCUGAAGAGAGCUGAAGAGGAGAGGGUCAGGCAUUUAAGUGAAAAAGUUAAAGAUGAGAUCCAAGUUAAGAACAUGAGCGGCCAGUGGUUUUACGAAGCCAAGUCCAAGAGGCAUAGAGAGAAAAUUCACGGAGCAGACAUCAUUCGGGCGUCCAUGAGGAGGAAGCCAUUUCCAACAGCAGAACUGAGUCAAAGUAAGUCAGACAAGACAAAGAGCAGCUGGGUGAACAAUGUCAAUAAAGAAGUUUUCACGCCUCCAGAAUUGCUGGGUGCCAUAAAAGAGGCAGAGGUGGAAUCGAAAUCUGAUGAAAGCCCCAAAGUGUUCAGUGCAGCCUCUGACGCAUUAGAGACGCCUCAAGAAAAAACAAGGAAGUUAGCUGCCUCACCGUCUAAGCAAAGGAAAAACCCAUUCAAUGAAUCAACUCUACUAGAAGAUCAUGCAAAAAAUGAGCAGCCUGAACAUGGAAUGGCGGUGGAGAAAGACCAGCAGCUGCCUAAAACAGAAGACCCUCAGGUGCCAAAAGUUGGCUCUGCAGACCUUGAACAAGGUAAGCAAGCUCUGGUUGAGGCUCCGAGUGCUAAAACUGUUUCCAAAUCUGACAAAUACACUGCUGAGAUCUUGAAGGCAGCCGAUGAGUCCAUAUCUAAGGUGCUCGACUGGUUUAAAAGAAGUUCCAGUGAUGAUGAAAAAGAGACGCUUCCGCAAGACGCGGGACUUGCAGAGGAAAUGGAUAUCCCCAAGGCAAGAGAAUCUGCUGCAACUGCAAAAGAUAAAGGCUGCAGUUCAGAUAUGUCAAAUCUGCAUUCUUCUGUAUGUGAAAGAGAAGAGCCAACCAGCAAGGACUAUCGAUUCCACGAAAUGGUAAACAUUCUGGGUGGGUCACCGUUUACAAAGGAUGGAAGUCCAGGCAGCCUGUUACUAGAAGAUCAAAGCAAAACAGGGGAGGUUGCUUCCUCUCGCUCCCAAGGGCAGGACAUUCAUUUAAAUGAGAGAACACGUUUUCAGGCCAUUGACCAGCCUGCAAACGAGAGAGAUGAAAGGGCUGCAGGAGGCAAGGUUGAAACUGAGGACAAAAGUGCUUUGGGCAAAGAACGGAAGAUGUUGGAAGAUGCAAAGGGAAAACCGGGUUUGAAAAGUGUUGUCUCUUCUUUUGGAAAAGUAACAGAAAGGGGAGAUGUUACACCCAAUGGGGAGGAAGGGGUUAAAGCCUUUUCGGAAGGAGCAAACUCUGAGCAUCAAUCUGGAGAGCUGUUUAAUGAACCUAAAGGGAAAGAAUCUGGGCAUCUAGAUGACAAAACUGUGCAGCACCCCAGUAGAGGGAAUCUCCUUACCUUGCCUCAAGAUGAAUCCAAAGAAUCAGAGGUUCCAAGAAAAGUCAAGAAUAUCAGGGCUUUCUGGGAAAGAGAGGCGAUGAACCCAAAGCCUGCAAAUAAGGAAGGCCUAUUAAGUGAAAGCACUCCUGGGAGUAACCGGAUACCAAUCUAUAAAGAGGAACGCAGCAGAAUAAAACCAGUGGGUGGAUCCUCAGGAUAUGUUACUGGAGAAUCUGAUAACGAACAAGGCAAGUAUAAUUUAGUAACAUUCAGAAAAGUUGAAAUUGGUGCAGAUGACUCUGGACCUGAUGAUAAUGGCAUUAAGUUGCCUUCAGGAAAAGUUCGACCAAAUGUAAUGGAUAAAUCCAAAGGGGGCCGUAUUGUUGAUGGAUCUGGCAAAAUACCCCUAAGUGACCAGAGGAAUAAUGCAUUUACAGAGUUGCUGGAUGCAAAUAAUUCGUGCCCAAGACCCAACAUGGUUCUCUCUAAAGAGGAUGGAGGUUUACAAGCUGAUGGUUUGGAAACAGAGAGAGCGUCAUCUGCCCUGCAGCAGAAGCCACACUUUAAGAUUCACGCUUUAAAGGAAAAAGCAGACGAAGAGGCAAAGGCUCAGAUGCUCAAUCCUUCGCAGUUCAAAAGCCUGAGAAACUUUUGGGAUGUGGGGACUAAGCCGCAGAGCGGAAUGGAUGAAACCAAGGCGAAGGCGACUGUUCCGAGGGGCAGGCAAAGUAGUACAGGAAGGUAUCUGAAAGAGUUGGGAGAAGUCAGGGAAGGAAAUGGCCAGGUGGUGUUGGAAGGUGAACAGCAAAAACCGAUCCUCCAAGGAAUUGACGUGAAGGAACAAAAUGUAUUGGAAGCAAACCGUGUUGUCCCAAAACAAGCAGGAGGGACAGCUCUCUCCCCAUCAGUGAAUGCUGUGCAAUUAGGAAAUGUAGAAUUUGCCCCUGCAGAGGGAAAGACUGUGCGUCCAGUGGAAGAGUAUAUAGAAAAAACAAAUGUUCCAUCCAAAGUACAGCACAGUCUGUUUAACAGUGGCGUGCAGAAACUGUUGAAAGAAGCAUUUCAGGAGUCCUUGCUGGCUUAUCCUCUGGCUGACAAGAAAGGGGUUCCACAGGUGGAGUUAGCAACAGAGGUGCAAGCAUCUUACAGUGACCAGAAUCAACAGCAGGGGCCUGUUUUUGCAGGUGCAGAUGGAAAAGUCUCUGAGGUUCCAGAGACUGUAAGCAGAACUUUGGUUCCACCAAAAGCUGACACCACUGCUUUUGUCACUAACUUAGAGAGGCUGCUAAAGGACACCUCAGAUGAGAGCUCCUCACCCAGUCGUCAUAUAGCGGCGGAUGUUUCUGAACAAGCACAUUCUCCAUUGGAAAAGAGGCGUUUUUUUAAUAAGGUGAUGGAACGCAGCCGUGACACGGAUGAAAAAAAUAGCAGAGUGGAGUCCUGGGAAACAGAUGGAACAAUACAAAAAGAUGUCCCACCCAAGGAUAGACACAUUGCAUUCAAAAAGCAUUUGGGGGAUUCAUCUGGAUUAACAGAAGAUUCAGAUUUGGUGUCUGGAAAAUCUCCCAACAGGGAAGAAGGCCAAAGGGAUCUAAAUGCUACUUCUCAGGAAGAAUUCUUCCAGAUUCCUUCGCCAAAACUGAUACUGCCUGACGCUCGUCUCGCCAGUCAGAACAGAGCAAACUCUCCCACGAAAGAGGUUUUCGAGACAGCGGCAGAAGCUAAUGUUCCAUCGAAAAGGCAAGGCAACGAUUUGAAUGCCAAACUAGCCUUUCUUUUAAAGGAAUUGCCAAAAACACCCACAAAUGAGAGUAUUUUGAAAGCACAAAUUGACAGUGUCCCUGGGGAGCUGCAGCAGAGGUCUUCUGAGCAGGCGACCAGAAAGAUCAUUCCUGUUUCACCCCAAAUGGCCAAUCCUCCUAAAGAGACUGUUGGUGGGACAGUUGACCGAAGUUUAGAUACGGACGAAGACAGUGGCAAGUUAUUGACUACAAUGCAGGGUGGGCCAGCAGGAGAGGCAGCUGUGCUGUUGUCAUUUUCAAACCAGGAAAACAUAAGAGCUCAAGGGAAUGUUGGUGAGCAACCUACAGAAGUGGCAGAGACGGUCGUGAAAACUCUUAAACCAAAUUCAGCUAAGCAUGUGGCAUUUAGAGACAGUUUAAGCAAACUACUUAAAGAGAGCUCCGAAAUUUUGCUCAAAGACAUUGCAGUUCCUAAGCCAGCCCAUGGUUCAUUACAGCCCCAUCAGAACACAAGUUCAAUUUAUGAUAAAGAGAUAAUUGAGAUGAUAGAAAAAGCUACUGCUCCCUCCAAUUUCAGGCAAGCUGAACUCAGAGCCAGCUUCCAAAAUCUGCUCAAGGAAGAUGCUGAAGUUCUUCCAGAAAGCCAGAAAGACUCAAGCAGUAGUCAUGGGGCACAAACAGAGAGUGAGUCUAAUCGGACUGUAGAUUUAGUUUGCCCGCAGGGAAUUGGCUAUGGUCAAGAGAUUAAUGAAACUGUAAACAAGGAAGUUGCCCCAUCCAAGUUGAAGCAAAGAGAAUUUAAUUCAGGCUUCCGGAAACUCCUUGAAGAAACUGCCCAGAUGCAACCUUCUGAAAUGGGAUGGUUGGAUAUCAGAAUGAAGGAGAACCUCCAUGGUGCCCAUGGCUCAGAUAGCAGGACGGGCCUUCUUCCCCAAGAAGCAAAUGAAACUGUAACAAAAUCUGUUGCCCUAGAAAAAGACGGUUCUGUAUUCAAAUCCAGCUUAGAAAAGCUUUUUGGAGAAAUCUCUGGUGCUGCUUUGCUUCUGUCCAAUGAAGAAGAGAAGAAAGUGACUGAUGAGUCAGGAUUUCAGGGAGGUUUAGCCGUAAAAACGCAAACGUCUGUUGAGAGCGUGCCGAGCGACUUUCGAACCGAGGUUAAAAUACCGCUCAAGGGCAAGACUUUCAAGCAAGAUAACCAAACUGUAGGCCGAGAAAAGUUUUCUGGCACCCCUGAAAGGAAUGCAGUUUUCCAAAAAACUAUUCAGCUUAACCUAGCAUCACCUGAAGCCCUGCUCCUGGGAAGAAGGGAAGAUUCUUUCACUCUUGCCAAGGCAGGUAAGAGGGAGGAGGAAUAUGAAAAAGGGAGAGAAGAUUCUGCUACUGCCAGUGCCUAUCUUGAUGGUGGAAGUGAAAAAGAGGGUACGGAAGAGGGGAACCCCCCUAAAACAAGACAGUUUGAGCUGCUGCUUGCCACCCGUCACACUGAUGACAACGAAGAGGAUGAAGAUGCCAGGAGCGUUGAAUCCAACCUUUCAGAUGAAAGCCGCAAUUCUUUUGUGGGUUUCCAAAGAAGUUCAACUCGUUCGGAAGAAGAACUAAACCCAGUAAAGGAGGCUUUGAAAAGGAGUUCAAAUAGGCAGAUCCCUUCCAAAAGUCUAGAGGACAUACCAUCAGCCACAUCAAAUAAAGGAAACCUCCCAAAGGAAGAUUUAAUGCUUAGUGCGGAAGACGAUCAAAAAGCAGAUCAGCCUGAUGAGAACGCUCCAGGAAUUUCCACAGCACCUUCUUUCCCUGAUAGCCAGUUCUCACAUCCGGAGAAAAUCAAAAGGAUGAGCAAAUCAGUCCCAACAUUUACGCAGGAGGAGAGCGAUGACAGAGAAACAGAUACCGCUUCAGACAGCAGUUACCCACUUGGCAGAAUCAAGAAGAGCCCCAGUUCGCUAACCAAUCUUAGUGGCUCUUCUGGCUUGGCGUCCUUGUCUUCUGUCAGUACCAGCGUGAUGAGCAUCUACAGUGGAGACUUUGGAAACGUGGAUGUGAAAGGAAACCUCCAGUUUGCCAUUGAUUAUGUGGAGCAGCUGAAGGAACUUCAUAUUUUCGUCGCCCAGGGCAAGGACUUGGCAAUUGCAGAUGUUAAGAAGCAGCGUUCAGAUCCGUAUGUGAAGAGUUACUUGCUACCAGAGAAGUACAAACUGGGCAAAAGAAAAACGUCGGUGAAGAAGAAGACGUUGAACCCUGUCUUCAAUGAGAUAUUAAGGUAUAAAGUUGACAGGGCUCUCCUGGCGUCCCAGAGGUUGAAUGUCUCCGUGUGGCACAAUGACACGUUUGGACGUAACAGUUUCCUGGGCGAGGUGGAGCUGGACCUGGGAGAAUGGGACUGGGAAGACAGGCAAAACAAGCAGAUGAUUUGGUACCCACUUAAGCCAAGAACUCCACUAGCUGGUCUUGAUCUGGAGAACAGAGGGGACAUGAAAAUAGCUCUCCAAUAUGUUCCACAGCCUGUUGGGGGUAAAAAACCUCCAGUCACUGGAGAAGUCCACAUUUGGGUGAAGGAAUGCAGUGACCUCCCUGUCCUCAGGGGCAAUAGACUCAACUCUUUUGUUAAGUGUACCAUCCUUCCAGACACAAGCAGGAAAAGCCGUCAGAAAACAAGAGCUGUAGCGAAGACAACAAAUCCAGUGUUCAAUCAUACAAUGGUGUACGAUGGCUUCAGACCUCAAGAUUUGAAAGAAGCCUGCGUGGAGCUCACUGUCUGGGAUCACAACAAACUAGCCAAUCACUUCCUUGGAGGCCUCAGGAUAGGACUUGGAACAGGUAAAAGCUACGGUACUCCAGUAGACUGGAUGGACUCUACAACAGAUGAAAGCAACUUAUGGGAACGAAUGAUUGAUUCUCCAAACACCUGGGUUGAAGAUACGCUGCCACUCAGGAUGUUGAUGAUGGCAAAAACACCGAAAUAGAUGAUGCACCUUUUGGACGCUUCCUGUUUGUACGGCUUGCUGGCGUUUGGGUGGAAAGAAGAGCCAGGCAAAAAUAGAGAGGAACUUGGGGUGGGGGGGUGCACAAUGGCUGAUAUAUUCAUUUGUAAUUUCAUCAGAGGGCAUAUGUGUCUGCAAAACAGUUUUAAACUAUUUUACUAAAUGCUGCUUUGAUAAUGCAUGUCAACUCCUUCCUGCCCUCAGGUACUGUUAUUAAAAAUUAAACUUUAUUAAAGAUGAAUUAAAACUGUAAUAUAUAUAUAUAUA